AGAGAGAGAGACAGAGAGAAGUUCUAAAGUCUAGAAUCCCGCUAAAGUUUCUCACCUUCUUCGUUGAAUUUGCGAGCAGAGGAAGGAAUCAGCAGAGAAACAAUGUUGUUCUUUUCUUACUUCAAGGAUUUGGUUGGACAAGAAGUGACGGUUGAGCUGAAGAACGAUUUAGCCAUAAGAGGAACUCUUCACUCAGUUGAUCAGUAUCUGAAUAUCAAGCUCGAGAAUACUAGGGUUGUUGACCAGGACAAGUACCCACACAUGCUUUCAGUGAGAAACUGUUUCAUCAGAGGAUCUGUGGUAAGGUAUGUGCAGUUACCUCCUGAUGGAGUCGAUGUUGAUUUACUUCAUGAUGCCGCUAGAAGAGAAGCUAGGGGUGGUUAAUUCUGCAGAAUCGUUGUACCUCCAGACUUGGUACUUUUCAUUUGGUGUAAUGGCUUGAUAAUUGAAUAUUUCCCUGAUGUAGAGCCCGAUGGUUGGCCAUGAAUCUUGUUACAUUAUCUUUAUCGAAGGAUCAUUUUUAUUGUUA